AUGGAAAUGGGGAACAAUAUUCUCUCACAGCAGAGAUUGGGACGUAAUCGAGUGCGGGGACAGGGAGCAGGGAGGCCUACGACGAGCUAUGAUGACUUUGUGAAUUCUAUACUACAGAAACUUGGUCUGCAAGGCAUGAAACGGGUCCAGAAGUUAUUCUAUCGCAUUCUGAUCUCAGUGCUGCAAGAAAUCGUGAAAUAUGAUUGUUUAACCAUAGCGAGUGAUGAGGAUUUGCAGGUCCUGUUUCAUUGUCGUCGGCAGUUUCCAGAGGUCAGGACACCUGAGCUAUUGGCGAAGUUAGUUGACGUGGUGUCUAGCUCGGGGGGUUCGAACCGGAAUACCCACACUAUAUGCACGGUAGCCAGUUCUAGCUCGAGACCUGUUGGUGUAGCUUUGUCCGUCCCUGUGAAUGAACCUCCGGACGAACCUGUCGCAUUCCCAUCGUUCGCUGUUGAUCUCAACUGUAGUGGAGGCGGAGAGGUUGGUAUCGUGGAUAGGGUGACGACUUGUUUACAGCAUGCGGCACCGGCUGGUAUGGGCGAUGCAUUGCUGGAUGGUGUUGACGAUGAUGAUGUGGAGCUGGAUCUCAUUGCUGAUGACAAUGGCGAUGAUAUUGCAGCGAGUAAUCUGAUUGGGGCCGGCGGUGGUUCUAAGUUUCAGGUUGGUCAGCAGUUUCAGGACAAAGAUGAGGUUGUGUUAAGUGUGAAGCCUUAUAGCAUCCGACGCGGGGUACAGUACAAAGUGGUGGAGUCCGACUAUCGCCGUUAUGUAGGGAAGUGUUCUGAAUUUGGGAACGGGUGCACAUGGUUGAUUAGGCUAAGUCUUCGACAGCGCAAGGGUAUUUGGGAGGUAAAACGGUACAACGGACCUCAUACAUGCCUUGCGACGUCCAUCUCGAGCGAUCACAGGAGUCUGGACUAUCAUGUGAUCUCGGCCUUCAUCAUGCCAAUGGUUAGAGCUGAUGCAUCCGUCAUCAUCAAGGUACUGUUGAAUGCGACGGCGGCACACUUUGGGUUCAGGCCGACUUAUAGGAGGGUUUGGUUGGCGAAGCAGAAGGCCGUCGCCCAUAUCUAUGGUAAUUGGGUUGAGUCAUACAACGAGCUGCCACUGUGGGUGUUAGGAGUUCAGUUGAUGAUGCCUGGUAGUGUUGCAGUGCUGAGGACGAGUCCAGUUCGAGUAAGGGGGCAGGUCGAUGACUCGCAAGCAUAUUUUCACCGGAUUUCUGGACGUUUCUACCAUGUAUUGAGGCAUUCCGGCAUUGCAAGCCGUUGA